GAAGUCCAUCCUUCCCAUCCUGGCUUAUAAUCCCUACACAGGAGGAGGGUGUUCAUGUAAACUGCACCGGCUUCUCUGUCAGCAACUACCGAUAUUAUAAUUGGAGUAUUUCACACCAGGAUUUGUAUUUUUUUCCAUCUGCUUUGGUCUUCAUCCGUCUGCAAAUAUGACCAUUAGAACAGCCCGUCCAGACCGGGGACAACACUUCCGGCCCCGUAUGCACUGCUUCAAAAAGCUGGAGGCCAUUGUGGUGGAGAUGCAGGACCCAGACAGCGGGGUUAAAGGCUCGGAGCAGAAACUCACCGUCACUACCAUCCCACAUGUCAUCGCUGGUAAGGACGUCAUUGCAUGGGUUGCCAACAAGAUGAAGACCACUCCGGAAGAGGCUCAGGCCUUUGGCACCAUGUUAGUGGCCUAUGGCUACAUCUACCCCCUGCAGAACCACAAGAAGCUGGCCAUGUGCAACGACACCAGCCUCUACCGCUUCCAGACCCCAUACUUCUGGCCUACACAGAAAUGGGUUGCAGAGGACUCUGACUAUGCCAUUUACCUGGUAAAGAGGAACAUCCGCAAGAAAGGCAUGCUGGAGCCCUACGAACAGGCACAUUACGACCACCUCCAUGAAUGGCUGAACCACAAGUGGGACUUCAUCGUGAUGCAGGCCACCGAGCAGUACAAGGCUGGUAAGGAGAGGCAGAAGCCGGAUCGUGUGGUGUUUGAUUGCCAGGAGAGGGCUUACUGGAUAGUGAACAGGCCACCGCGUCGGACUCACAGUGCUAUGGACUGUGGUCCAGAGCGUCUUAUUGAUCCCAGCGCAGAAGAGAAAAUCACCUUCGACAUGUACAGACGCAUGAACAUGUUCUAUCAACAAGCCAUCAUGAGGUCAAAGGUCAAAUCUAGCGUGUCCCUUGGAGCACUGGUCAAGUACAUCACCACCUACAAAAACCACGACCCGUUCCUGGCUCCCUGUCUGCCCAGCAACCCCUGGCUGACAGACAACGACACGUAUUGGACUCUCAACAUGAGAAGAGUUGACGUCCCCACUAAGAUGCGAGUAGAGCGCUGGUCCUUCAGCCUGUUCGAGCUGCUGAGUGACCUGCGAGGCCGAGACGACUUCAAGAUUUUCCUCAAGAAGGAGUUCAGCGGGGAGAACUUGGCUUUUUGGGAGGCAGCUGAAGAACUGAAGUGGGGCACUGCAUCUUCCAUGUCAACAAAAGCUGAGACCAUCUUCAAGACCUUCCUGGCCCCUGGUGCCCCCCGCUGGAUCAACAUUGAUGGCAGGACAAUGGGCCUGACAGUGAAAGGCCUGGAGCAUCCUCACCGCUACGUGCUGGAAGCAGCACAGACACACGUCUUCAUGCUCAUGAAAAAGGAUACUUUCUUCCGUUACCUCAAGUCACCAGUGUACAAAGACAUCCAGAAGAAGGCCUUGAGCCCUGAGCCUCAUAACUUCAGUCCGGCACAGCUGGAGCAAAAUGCUCAGAACCGAAGCCUAGGCAUCCAUCCCAUCAUCCUCUGGCAGCAGGAGGAAGAGGAAAAGGCCAAGGCCGCCGCUGCCGCCGUUCCUGUCGAUGUCAAGGCCAUGAUGAGCAAAAUAGACCGGAAGAAGUAGAGAUAUACAGUGGAAGUGUGUGUGUGUGUGUGUGUGUGUGUGUGUGUGUGUACAGGUCAUGUCACACAUGAAAUACCAACACAGGAACCAGCCCUCCAUUAGGGUAUAUACACUGUACAGACAGAUUUGCUUUGCUCUUCAGUGUCAUGCCAAUGAAUGUUGUUCUGUUUUAGCAAAUUAUCAAAUGUGAUUCAUUAUGGAAGGUUACUGAACAGGCCUUCUAGGCACAGGCCCAGGGGCCCAAGGGGUCAGGGUGGCCCCUGGGCCUGUGCCUGUGUUUGAAGUGACUGUUUACAUUUAUUGUUGGAAAGUCAAUCAAAGGACUACAAAGAGACGCAGAACGACCACAAAUAGACACAAAAUCACCACAAACAGGCAUAAAAUGACCACAAAUACAUGCAAAAGAAGAAACAGCUACAAAGAGACUCAAAACGACCACAGAGACACAGAAAAGAUACAACUACAAAGAGACACAAAAUGACCACAAAGAGUCACAAAAUGACCACAUACAGACGACCACAUGCAAAACGACUGCAAAAAUAUGGAAAACAGACUCAAAACGACCACAUAGAUGCGUAACGACCACAGAGACUCAAAACCACCACAAAGAGACUCAAAAUGACCACAAGGGUUCUCCAGCUCCAGAAUUAGGUUGUAAAUAUCAGAGGUGACAUAUAACAGACCAUAGUGACUGAACACCUUCCCUGUUUUUUAGAGAGUGAUACAGUAAUUCCAGAGACUUGCCAUAAGUAUGUUGUGUUUCUAUACAAGUCACAUUAAUGUCAAAAUUUGUAUCAACAAAUCAAAUGUAUCUUAUGUUAAAUACUUAAAUACAUGACACUUUAGAAAUUAAUAAAAAAUUAAAGAUUAUUAUUGUUAUUAUUAUAUACAGUAUAUUACAUUAAGCGUUUUGUCGAAAACCAAGCCUAUUGAUUGAUUUUCACUAGAGCUGAUUAAACAGCAUUUCUUUUUUUGCUGAGCUUGUAAUAGUUUUUUUCAUGCAUAUUACUCCAUACAAGUAACAGUGUGAGGAGCCACUGAAGUAACAUAUCUCCCUAUCAUGUACUUGGAGACACUGUAGCUUCUGUGGCUGCAAUAUGUAUGAAAAUUGAAUAAUUGUGGUUGUAUAUGCUGCUGUCUACAAGAGAUGUUUAAUUAGAUUUAAGCAUUAUAUUUACUAAACUAUCUGUACUCUGUCGUACUAUUGUACCAGUCAUAGUCAAAAUGCACAAAAGUAUGUCAGUACAUUGAAGUUAAAGAGAGCAGAUUUCUCUAUGGAAGAUUUGUACAAUAUGUAAAUCUGGUUACUUGGCCAAAAGUGAUAAAAGAGAUCAAGAUAAAGCAGACUUCAGAUCA